UUGAAUAAGAAAAUCACACGGAGCAAGAUGGGCAAGGAAGGAAUCCGAUAUGCCGCAAAAGUAUCUCUAGAUAAGCCCGCUGCAGAGCAAGAUUGCCUCCACAAUCGCUGGCACCCAGAUGUUCCCUCAUACACCACCAUCAAAAACAACGAAGUGGUGAAAAUCGAAUGCGUAGACUGGACCGGCGGUCAAAUCGGCAACAACGACUCUGCCGACGAUGUCAGAGAUGUAGAUUUGACUCGCAUUCACUACCUCACUGGCCCGUUCGACAUCGAGACGGCAGAACCGGGUGAUGUUUUGCUUGUGGAGAUUCAGGACGUUCAGCCUAUGCAGGACCAGCCGUGGGGGUUUACGGGCAUCUUCGCAAAGGAGAAUGGGGGUGGGUUCUUGGAUGAGAUUUAUCCCAAGCCUGCGAAGGCGAUCUGGGAUUUUGAAGGCAUCUUUUGCUCGAGCCGUCAUAUCCCAGGAGUUCGUUUCGCUGGAUUGAUACACCCAGGUAUUCUGGGAUGUGCACCAUCCGCCGAAGUCCUAGACACAUGGAACAAGCGUGAAGCCGAGCUGAUCUCGGCCUGUAGCCACAUGGACCGCGACGUAGCUCUGCCCCCUGAGCCAAAAAACGUCCACGCCGGAAACGCCCCUUCCUCCAUCAAAGACAAAAUCGGCAAAGAAGGCGCCCGCACCGUCCCCGGCCGCCCCGAACACGGCGGGAACUGCGACAUCAAAAACCUGUCGCGGGGCAGCAAAGUAUACCUCCCUGUGCACGUCUCGGGCGCCAAAUUCAGCGUUGGCGACCUGCACUUCAGCCAAGGCGACGGCGAAAUCUCCUUCUGCGGCGCCAUUGAAAUGGCCGGCGUCAUCACGCUGAAAUUCACCGUCCUGAAAAACGGCAUGAGCGACCUCGCCAUGAAAUCCCCGCUGUACAUCCCGGGACCCGUGGAACCGCAGUUCGGGCCGGGACGGUAUUUGUAUUUUGAAGGGUUCAGCGUGGAUGAAGCCGGGAAGCAGCAUUAUUUGGAUGCGACGGUCGCGUAUCGCCAGACUUGUUUGAGGGUGAUUGAGUAUCUGAGACGAUAUGGCUACGACGAUUACCAAAUCUACCUCCUCCUCUCGUGCGCCCCGAUCCAGGGCCAUAUCGCGGGUCUCGUCGAUAUCCCAAACGCAUGCACCACCAUCGGGCUACCCAUGGAUAUCUUCGACUUCGAUAUUAGUCCGCAUGCGAAAGCGGAGAAGAAGGAUCUGGGGAGCUGCGCUAAGGUUGGUGGAGGGAAGUGA